AUGGCCGACUGCUGGCAACCACAAGCCUCCGUAGCAGGUCCCUACUGGAUUUCCCCAGGAGACCAGCCAUGUUUCCGUACGUCGACGUUUCGUGACUUGAUGUAUGCUUUCCCAAGACCGAAGCACACUAGCCGGGUAAUGAAACCCCGGAGUGCUGGAAACAGUCCUUCCUCUGCUGGCAAGCGAAGGGCCACCACGUCGCACACUUCACCAAUGUACCGGCACCUCCCGCAGCAGUCUUAUCAGGCUCAGAUCCAAGCUGCUCUCGCGGCUUCCGCCAUCCGCAGAACACGCCAACCGCGACCAAUGAGUUGGCACCCGGCAUCACUGCGAUCAACAGGAUAUUCCACCUCUCAGUACUUACCGGCCACCACUAUGUCUGGAAACCUUGCUACCACAGGCUUAUGUGCUUCGUCAUCCAACACGCUUCCUGUUACGUACGGUGGCGACGACAUUCUACCUGCGUACCCCGCCUCAGAUGCGGCGAUGUUCUCCUCUCUGUCCGGCAUGGAAGAUCCGACAAUUAUGCAGCAACAGUACCUCCCGCAAACGAACGGCUCGCAGGUCGAGCCCAUCACCUGGGACUCCGGUGCGUCUAUCUUAUCCGCGAUAGCUCCGCCCAUGUCUGAAGGCUGGUCCUUCGAUAUGAUGUCCCUGAACAGCAGUAUUCCUGGGGCGGACGUUGCGGGAUCGACUUACGAGAGCGCGCCGUCUUCUGGACCUCCCACUCCAUUUCUGCCCAUUCAGCAGUUUGAUGAGCCGGAUGCGGUUGAGGAGAAGCCUGAGGACGAGCUUGUCGGGAUGGGCCUGUACAGCAAUCCUGACGCAUCGCUGAAUGCGUCAUUGACUGGACUAAGCGGCAAGGGGUUGAAGCUGGAGGAGACUUUUACACCAUCACCGGACGACGAGACCGAAAAUCAGGACGCUGACGGAGAGGAUGAUGACCUGCAAGAGACCGCAGAGAAGCAAGCCAGCAACAGCGUCGAUGCUCGUCAACCGCAACUGGGGCCUCAAACAUAUGCUCAAUCUGUGAAACCAGCAGAGAAUAUGCUUAACAAGUCAUUCUUUUUCGAGGACGAUGGCAGACUAGACCAAGAUGGCGGAUUAGUCCCCCAGCAAUUCUUCAGUCUAGAAAAUCAGCCAUGCAUGAAUUAUGCAUAUGGGUGGAUAUGA